AGGAGUAGGGGGUGUGUGUGGUGGUGGUAGGGGGGCUUGAGUGGAGGGGGAGCCAACGAGAAUAAAAACCAAGCGUGGGGCAAUCUAUGCCGGGCGCCUCUUUCUGCGCCCGGGUGGAGGCCGGCAGAGGAGAUCCCCUACGGAUGAACCGCGGACCGGGCUGCUGAAGACGAAGAGGAGGCGGAGGAAGGAGGAGCCGCCGGUGAAGGCUAGAUCUCAGCCUGCCAGCCAGCGAGCGCCAGGGCCGGCGGGGGGAAGUGACACGCUGCCGACUGCAGCAGUGUCAGCCUGAGCAGCGAGCGCCCUGGCCCCGGAGGAGGACCACCUGGGAGGGCUGAGCACCCUCUGGGCUCCGGGAGGCAGCGAACUGGACGGCAGCGCCCGCUCCCCCGCCCCCUCCCCAGGCCAGUCAGGUCCUCGCACCAGCGAACAGGGGGACGAAGCGAGACACCCGAGUAGGACAGCGGCUGAGAGCCACGGGAGACGAGACGGGGAGAUUCAGAUCACUGAGGGAGGAGUGCUGCCUGAAUCCACCAGCCCUAGGGGGGAAGAGAGCGAGUUGCAAAGCGAUCAACAUCGUGGUGCAAUGUAGGAAACUGUUAGAUCCCCGCUCCGAAGAUCGGAAAUAGCUUUUUUUUUCUUGUGAGGUGGUGCUUUCUUUCACCCCCCACCCCUCCCUCUUCUGCUUAAACUUAACCAGAGCCACCAAAGAGCCACUUGGGAACUACUGCUGCUCUUCCUUCGGAGUCUUUUUCUUGGGAUAUUUAUUGCAGGCUUGGGAACAGCCCUAAGCCCAUCUUUGGGCUUCGGGAAGCCUCAAAUCAUCGCUAAACUGGAGGUGUCUUGUUUUUCUUUCCUGAUUUAACAGAAACUGCUAUUUAAUUUAUUACUGUCACUGUGUGUGUGUGUGUGUGUGUGUGUGUGUGUGACAGAGAAAGAGAGAGAGAGAGAGAGAGAGAGAGAGAGAGAGAGAGAGGGAGAGAGAGGGAGAGAGAGAGAGUGUAAAGAGAGAAGGGGCAGGAAGUAGAUUUUCUGCAGAAAGGGUGGCAGCAGCGUGGACGGUACAUAGCCUUCCUUAUUUAUGUGUCUGUCAGCAUUCUCCUUCAUCCAAAGAAUCAAGGGAAGGUAUCCAACCUGUGUUUCCCGGUGAGUGAAGCACAAGGAAGGACUGGAGAUAUCAAAGCAUCAUGAUUAUUUAUUGAACUUCAAAACUUAAAAAAAAACCCAAAGAAUAUCUGAGAUUUCACCCACUGUUCAAGGAAGAAGAGAGGCCCCACUGCUCCUGAAAUGUAGCAAAAUACUUAUUUAUAAACGGGCUAAAGACACUGAUAUGAAAAGGCCCCUCUACUCGAAUUUUCUAUCCUAUGGAUAUCAGUCUUGAGAUUUCGAAAUAGGAAGAUCUGUAUUGGAUCUAGCAGCAACUGUCAUUUCAAUGCCUAGUCUUCCCUGGGACUGUUGGCAUUUCCUAGAAAUUAAACUGGUACUGUAUGCCAUGGGCUGUAUUCAGAGCAUCAGCAGCAAAUCCAAAAUUUUCCGAGAAAGUAUUACGGUGAUUGACGUGAAAGCCUCUAUUGACCCCAUCCCCACCAGCAUCGAUGAGUCGUCCAGCGUGGUUCUCCGCUACAGGACACCACACUUCCGCGCCUCGGCCCAGGUGGUCGUUCCCCCGAUACCUAAGAAGGAGACCUGGAUUGUGGGCUGGAUUCAAGCGUGCAGCCACAUGGAGUUUUACAACCACUAUGGGGAGCAGGGCAUGUCCAGCUGGGAGCUCCCAGACCUUCAGACAGGGAAGAUCCAGGCCAUCAGUGACUCAGAUGGGGUGAACUACCCCUGGUAUGGUAACACCACAGAGACCUGCACCAUUGUGGGCCCCACCAAAAGAGACUCCAAGUUUAUCAUCAGCAUGAAUGACAAUUUCUACCCCAGUGUCACGUGGGCAGUGCCGGUCAGUGAGAGCAAUGUGGCCAAACUGACCAGCAUCUACCGAGAUCAGAGCUUCACCACCUGGCUGGUGGCCACCAACACAGCAACCAAUGAUAUGGUCAUUCUUCAGACACUCCACUGGAGGAUGCAGCUGAACAUCGAGGUGAAUCCCAACAGGCCCUUGGGACAACGUGCCAAGCUCCGGGGGCCAACUGCCCAAGAGCAGCCCCAGAUUCUGAGUAAGAAUGAGCCAAUACCACCCAGUGCCCUUGUCAAACCAAAUGCCAAUGAUGCUCAAGUACUCAUGUGGAGGCCGAGGGAUGGGCAGCCUCUUGUGGUGAUACCUCCCAAACACCGGUAACGAGCAGGGGUCCUGGCACUGAAUGGGAGGAGAACACGCUCUGAUCUGCUAGUUUAAGACAAAAUAAUAAUAAUAAUAAUGAUCAAACAAAGUCAAAAUGCACUUUUUAGUCAUUCAACAAAAAUGCAACCAUUCUACCUUCUCCAGUGGGACGGAUUUCACUGUGCUAAAGUUCCAGGGAAGACCUCACCUGGGGUUUCCUCAUCACCUGCUUUCUAAGGAGCAGGAGAAGGGCGGUGGGGAGAGGAGGAACAAAGCAAAAACAUACAAUCCCUUUUCAUUUCCACUUUCAGUCUUUGGUUUUCCCCUCUCUCUUUUCCCUUCUCUGGUUAUGAUCUGAGUUUCAGUUACUCACUCGAAACAGACUUGAUGAAACAAAAAACUUUUGAGUUUUUCUUUUUCUUUUUUCCCUCUUUUCUCUUCGAGGUUCAGGGGGAGGGAGUGGGAGGGGAGUCCCCUCAUCAAUGAAACCCAAGAUCUUGGAGCAAUCCAACUGACCCUCAUUUUACUGAUGACCUAUUUUUUUUCAAUUGAUAAAGAUUUGCAACCUCCUCCCCCUACCCAAUCAUGCGGCCUUAUAUAGAUUUUGCUUUGCCAAAAUUUUGCCUUAA